GAACACCUGCGCCUCACGCAGCACUUUUUAUGUUAAUAAUCUGCCUAAGCUCGGCCCACCCGCACCGACUUCACAUCUCCACACCAUCAGUGAGUCAGUAUGGGACAGCUGAGAAACCGACAGGUCACUGGAUCUCAGAUCUUUUUGGUUUUUUCGGACAUGAGACUUUUGGUCCUCAGCGGGAUGUGCGCGCUCCUUCUGUGCGCCACAGUCCGGACCAGAGAUUGCGGGAGGACGCAGACUUUCCAUCGGAGGAACCAGGAGGAGUCCCGGGACCACAGGCGCACACGGCCAAAGAGGGACACCUCCAAGGCUUCCCACGGUCCUCCCUUCACCUCCUGCCCGCUCCCCCUCAGCCCAGCAGAACAGCAGCUUCUGGAUGACAACACCCACGAGACAGGGUUUAACGGUGAUGAUGGGUCCAGUUUAACACUCACGUGGGUGGGCGACGGCACAGGAGUAAUCUUGAUUUUGUCAACAAUUAGUGCUCCAAUUGCAUCUUUCCUAGAAGGAGGCUCCUCGCGACUGUACAGAAGUACCAACUACGGCAAGUCCUUCCUUGACAUUUCCCACCGGAUCAACAACACCUUCAUAAGGAAGGAGUUCGGAGUUAGCGCCGGACCCGCGAAGUCUCUACAUGUGAUUCUGACAGCAGACACACCAGUGGUGGACAACCCCGGCGGGAUCAUCUUCACCUCCACCGAUGCCGGCGCGACCUUCAAGUCCAGCCGGCUCCCUUUCCACCUGGCUCAGCCAAUCACGUACCACUUCCUCAACCCUAACUACCUCGUCGUCAUCAGCAUUGAUAGCAGCCUGUGGCUUUCGCUGGACUUUGGUGUCAAGUGGACAAACGUUCACGACGGAGUGGAUUCUUUCAUGUGGGGAGCAGGUGUUAAUCUGUUCUUCAGCUACAGUCCAAUAGGACCAGUUGAAGCAGACAGGAGGGGAGAGUUACUGCUGAAGAGGACGGAGGAUCUGGGGAAGACCUUCACCAAAAUCGCUGAGAACAUCUUCUCCUUCGGCUACAUUGGAGGUUUCCUCUUCACCUCCGUUUUGGAAGAUUUGAGAGCUCCUCGUGAAAUUUACGUGUCAUCAGACCAAGGCAACACCUUCAAUCGAGCUUUGCUGCCAUCUGCCUCCACUGAGCAGUUCUACUCCGUCCUAGACGGAGACGAGGACAUGAUCUUCAUGCAUGUGGACAAUCCAGGAGACACCUUCUUUGGAACCAUGUACACAUCAGAUGAUCGCGGUAUCCUGUACUCCAAGUCACUUGAGCGCCACCUGUUUGGUGGGCAGAGAAAGAGCGACUUCACCAACGUUACUUCACUGAGAGGAGUCUACCUCACCAAUAAACUGGAUGAAGAUGGUCAUAUAAGAUCCGUCAUUUCCUUUAACAGAGGAGGGAAGUGGAGACAUUUAAAAAAACCGGAGAAUGUGGACUGUGAGGAGCAAGUCGAGAACUGCAACCUGCAUAUCCACGGAGAACACAGUCGGAACAACCACAUCGUUCCCAUGCUUCCUCUUUCUGAGCCUACUGCCGUCGGUUUGGUUAUCGCCCACGGUAGCGUGGGUGAGUCUCUGUCAUCGUCACAGCACCCAGAUGUCUUCAUUUCCUCAGACGGGGGUUACAACUGGAGGGGGACACUGCGGGGUCCUCACCACUACACCAUAUUGGAUUCUGGAGGUCUCCUUGUGGCUGUGGAAGCCCAUCACGAAGGACAAGUCAAGACUAUCAAGUUCUCCACAGAUGAGGGCCAGUGCUGGAAGUCAUAUAACUUCACUGAGCAGCCGUUCUUCUUUGCAGGCCUGGCGUCUGAGCCGGGCACCAAGGCCAUGAAUAUCAGUGUGUGGGGCUACCGGCCCGAGGCAGAUGGCCAGCCCAUGUGGGUCGCAGUCACCAUUGAUUUUCAGAGCCUCCUCACAAGACAAUGUGAUGCUCAGGACUAUGAAGAGUGGUUGGCUCAUUCUACAGGGGGUGGGCCUUUGGAGAGAGAUGGCUGCAUCCUAGGUUACAAGGAGACGUUCAGGAGGCGUAAGAGACUUUCCUUCUGCAGAAAUGGACGGAGCUACGUGUUGAGCAGGAAACAAAGCCCCUGCCUUUGCACCAGAGAGGAUUAUUUAUGUGACUAUGGCUUCUACCGUCAUGUGAACACAUCAGAGUGCGUGAGAAAACACAACACUGCAAACCAAAGCUUGGACAUCUGUCUGAAUGGAGAGGACGAGGAGAUUCUAACAGAGGGGUACCGUAAGGUCCCAAGUGACAAGUGCGAGGGAGGAUUCAGUCCUCAGCUCACUGUGGAGACAGUCAGACCCUGUGGAGUCAAACCCAGUCCUGACCCACCUGACAACCCGUCAUCCACAGUCACACACUUUGACACACCGCAAGAGCGAUUGGUGCUGAUCCUGGUGUGUGCAGGAGCGGGAUUCAUUGUCCUGGUCGCUGUCAUUUCUGCCGUCAUCGCUGUGAGGAGGGCGGUUUACGGAAAUAGGACACCGGUGUAUCGUUUCUCCAAUCUCCGGAUUCAGGAUGAUAAUGGAUUCGCAGCUGACUUAGAGAGCGCCACAAGCAGCAACGGCACGACCUGCCAUCAGGACUCAGACGAUGACCUCAUUGAAUGACACAUGCAUUUAAACAGAUGGAU